ACGUUGCACUUCAAGUCAAUUAGUAUUAGCAUGGAUUCUUGCUCAAGGUGAUGAUUUCAUUGUUAUACCAGGUACGAGUAAAAUAAAAAAUCUCGAAGAAAACAUUCAGGCUGCUCAAAUGAAACUAUCGAAAGAAGAAAUCAAAGAAAUUCGAGAUGCUUGUGAACAAGCCAAUGUAGCCGGUGAUCGUUAUCCGGAAAUUAUGCAAGCCGAUCUCUAUGCUGAUUCAGCUCCAAAGAAAAACUAA